AUGAAGGGAACCGCCAUUGUCAUAUUGUUCAUCCUUGCUGCUUUCUCCGGAGCCAAUGCCUCUAGAGUCAAUGCAGUUGAUGCAGCAAGUUCAACAACAAAUCCAUCUUGGUGGGCUUUUAGAUGGCCGUGGUCCUACAACCCAUUUCCACCUUCGGCGGAUCCAAACAAUCAACAACCGUUGUUUGAUCCAAACAUUUUGAAAUGUUUGGGUGAUCUUGUUAGUGGUGCAGCUGCAACAUCAUGCUUUCAGCAAAUUUCUAAGUCGUAUGACAGUCAAACAAUUUCUUUGAGUCCGACAUGUUGUGCAGCUGUCCAACAACUGAAUGCUGAUUGCUCUUCAACAGUGUUUUCCAUAUUCAACAAUCCCUUUUUCCAGUAUGCAAUCAAGCAAUGUUCUGCAACUCCAUAA